AUGCACAGGAGCAUGUACAACAGAAAAAGACAGGACAGGAUACAGAAAACAAAAGAAAAAAAAACCAACACACACAACAAAAGAAGGAAAGACAGAACAGACAGAACAGACAGAAAAACAACGAGAUACAAGAACACCAACCAGAAGACAAAGAAAACAGACAACAGACAACAGACAACAGACAACAGACAACAGACAACAGACAACAGACAACAGACAACAGACAACAGACAACAGACAACAGACAACAGACAACAGACAACAGACAACAGACAACAGACAACAGACAACAGACAACAGACAACAGUCACAAGGAAAAACAGGAAUGAAACUGGAUACAACAAACAGCAGACAGAACAAGGAAACAUAAGAAAAGACGACCCCUGCCAGCUCGCCCGAGCGCCUCCCACAAACACCAGACAUAAGAAAAACAACAGCCAACCGACCAACGCCCGCCAGAAAAAACAGAACUCGCCAGAAGAAACAAAACUAGCUAAGAAGAAACAAAACUCGCCCAAAGAAACAAAACUAGCUAAGAAAGUCGGAGCGAAAGGGAGUGGAACCUGCAUUCGUAUCACAGCGGAGUUCGGCGCUAGACAUUCGUUGGUAGCCUGGUGGUCUCAACAAAACGAACGGACUUUUUGGGCUUGUUUGAACGAGGGGACGUGCGAAGCACAGAAGAAGAGGGAACAGGUAAACGAGAGGAAGUGGUGGCCGGAGCCACCGGGGCAGAAGGGACCGAAGGAGAGACAGAAAAACGAGGGACAGGCAAACGAGUGGAGGGGGGGUGUGUGGCGUCGAACCUUUUCAGGAACGACUGACCACGGGAAAGGCAAGGGGAAGGACAGGACGUGUCAGAAGGCACAGAACGAGUGGAGGGGGAACGAACGUGGGGGUGAGUGGCGUCGAACCUUUGAAGGAACGAACAACCACGGGAAAGGGGCGCUGAAGGAGGGGACGUGGCCGAGACCACAACACGACGAGGAAGAAAAGAACGAGAGGCAGUGGCCCGAGGGACCGAGGAAGAGGAGAAGGGGGAGGUGCCCGAAGAACACCGGUACAAACGAGGGGAGGUGGCCCGAGGAACCACCACAGGACAAGGAAUGGAAGUGCCACAAGGGCGGGGAGAAGGAGAGGAAGAGGCCGAAGCCACAGAACGAGCGACAACAGGACGAGGCAGAAACGACUGACUGGGGGUGGCCCGAGGGGCCGGGGAGGGGGCGGACGCGGUGUCCGAAGGACGACGAUACAAAUGAGGGACGGUGGCCCGAAGUACCACCACAGGACAAGGAAUGGACGUGGCCGUGA